CUACCCGAGUUUCCGGCUUUCCCCUCAAUCGAACACGGGAUAUGAGAACGAUCAGGCGGCUACCGUUUGACGGCGCCGGCGUCGAUUACGGAGUGGUCCGGCGAGCGGUGAUAAUUGGAAAUGGGUUCGCUGGGGCAGAGAAUCAGUGUAUCGGGUUGGUUCGAGCUCUCGGACUCUUCUCCCGCCAUUCUCUAUACCGUGUCACGAGGCCAACUGGAGGGAUCGGCGGCUGGCUCCAUUGGUUUCCGGUGUCUGUACACUGGAAAGUUGACUACCUCAUGCGCCGGAUCGUUUUUGACGGCUUGGGAAGCUUUCGUGCGGCAAUAAGCGGCCACGGAGUGGCGCCUUCGUCGUCUUCAAGAGCUGGACUUACAAAUAUACACGAAGCUGAUGCGAAGCAGAUCGCAGCCAUUGCUCGAGAUUCAUUUCACAAGGAUGGACCGUUGUUGAUCGUUGCUUCAGGGAGGGACACCAUUCCAGUAGCAAGUUCGAUAAGACGGUUAGCUCCAGAAAAUGUGUUUGUUGUACAGAUACAACAUCCAAGAACACGUCUCAAUAGGUUUGAUUUGGUGAUUACUCCUCAACAUGAUUACUAUCCGUUGACUCCGCAAGGUCAGAAGCAAGUCCCUUGGUUUCUCCGGAGGUGGAUAACACCACGGGAGCCUCCAGAUAAACAUGUGGUACUGACUGUUGGAGCUCUUCAUCAAGUUGAUCCUGCUGCCUUGAGGAUAGCUGCUUCUGUAUGGCAUGAAGAGUUGCAGUCCUUACCAAAGCCUCUGCUUGUUGUCAAUGUUGGCGGACCCACAGGUAAUUGUCGGUAUGGUGCUGAUCUUGCUAUGCAGUUAAUAGAUAUGCUACAUAAUGUUCUUUCGAGUUGUGGAAGUGUUAGAAUAUCCUUUUCCCGGAGAACCCCAGAGAAGGUAGUGGAGCUGCUUGUGAAAGCAUUUAGUGCUAACCCGAAGGUUUGCAUCUGGGAUGGUCAAGGUUCAAAUCCACAUAUGGGCCAUCUGGCUUGUGCUGAUGCCUUUGUCAUCACAGCUGACUCUGUAAGUAUGCUGAGUGAGGCCUGCAGUACUGGGAAGCCUGUGUAUGUCAUAGGAGCUGAAAGGUGUAAAUGGAAGUUUGCUGACUUCCAGGAGCGUUUGCAGAAACUUGGCAUGGUCCGACCUUUCACUGGUGAAGAGGACAUGUCGGAGACCUGGAGCUAUGCUCCACUAAAUGAUACUGCAGAGGCUGCUAAGAAGGUCACAGAAGCACUUGCAGAGCGAGGAUGGUCUGUGUCAAUGUCACCAUGAGUUGACUUCCAAAGUUGUUUUUCAGUUCAUUGAAGUUGGCUCAGUCAUAACCAUAGCGAAUUUGAUAGACUACCGGAACGGCGAGAUCAGGCAAGUAAACAGACAACCAUCAACAACCCGUGGCAGUUUGUUUAGACAGCACUGAAUAACUUAAUGAUGUACACCCCUGGGUGUUGGUUCCUUGAAUUUCUUUCCAAUGGGGAUAGCCACAGAGUUCCUUGUGUUGAAAGGCAAAAAAUGUGCAUAUUGUACCACUUUUUGCACAACUGCACAAUAUCCCUGAAGACCUGAUGUUAAAAAAGUACAUGGUAAAAUGCAGAUAUGUUUCACUUCCACUUCUUUGGAAACCUGUAAAUCUUCAGUUGUGCAUGUAACAAUAUCAAAUCGAUUGAUGAGUAUGAUCAAUCAAAUUAGACAUAUCUU